UCGAUUUGUAAUACAGCUUCUACCGUUUUACAAUUAGUGGUGGACAGGAGAGCCAAAAUUAACGAUCACUCCGCCCGCAGUUUGUCAGCGAGAGAACGAAUCGACCGCAUCUCUUGUGAGCGCCGACACCUUCGCUAGCUAACCUAGCUUUCAAUGUUGCAAUAAUUGUUAAGUAGCAGAUCUUCGGUUUGGCAUGGCGGAGGGUACAGGUAACGUUAACGUGGGACCGGCCAACCUUCCUCCGGGAGACCCUCAGCUAAUUGCGAUGAUUGUGGAGCAUCUGAAGAACCGGGGGCUUUUUGACGAGUUCCGUCGGGACUGCCUGGCCGACGUUGAUACGAAGCCUGCCUAUCAAAACCUGCGACAGAAAGUAGACAACUAUGUCACGUCGCACCUGAGCACACAAGACUGGAACCCGUCUAUCAACAAGAACCAGAUGAGGAAUGGACUGAGGCAAAGUGUUGUUCAAUCGGGCAUGUUGGAGUCCGGUGUGGACAGGAUCAUCACACAGGUUGUGGACCCCAAAAUGAACCACACUUUCCGGCCGCACAUAGAAACUGCCAUCCAUGACUUCCUGUCAGGGGACAGGAGGGAGGAAAGCGCCUUAAGUUCUAACUCUGCACCAUCUGAACAGACUGAACCUCAGGAGGCCCCCUCUGCCUCUGGCCCCAAAACCCCAUGGAAACCCCUCUGCAAGGCUACACUCCUCCUGCUGCUGCUGCUGCUGCUGCUGCUGCUACAGCCCGCAAACCAGACAGAAAACACUGAGCUUCAGUUAGUGUCAGACAUGCCGGUCAACUUGUCCGCUUUGGUUUUUGUGUUUUUCCUGCUCGUGGCCUGUCAACAGGUGCUGACCGUGGAUCCGCAUGAUGCCCAGGAGAAACAAGCGAGCCAGGCCAAAAGACGACUCUCUCUGCAGAGCACAGUGGAGAUUCAGAGUUGCCUGGUGAGUUCAGGGGACGUUGGCUGCGGGACAUUUCAGUGUUUCAACAACAACUCCUGUGAAAUCCAAGGGCUGCACCACAUCUGUCUCACCCUGCUGCACAACGCCGGGCGCUACGACUCACAGGGCAAGUCAUUUGUGAAGGAUGCGUUGCGGUGCAUGGCGCUGGGACUUCGACAUCGCUUCAGCUGUGUGAGCCGCCGGUGCUCAGCGGUAAAAGAGAUGGUGUUCUCGCUCCAGAGAGAGUGCUACUCCAAACACCAGCUGUGCCUGGCACUACGGGACCACAUGGACACCAUGGGCAAUCUGGUCCAGUUCCACUUGAUGUUUCCCCCAGGACCGUACGUGGAGCUGGUGAACUUCCUGUUGAAGUGCGGAGACGAGGUCAGGUCGUGGGUCAGCCGGCGGUUGCGGGAACAGUGCGAGCAGCACUGGGGGGCACUGUGCAGAAGCUUCAGCAGCACCUGCUCUCUCAGCCAAUCGGACGCUCCGCAGCAUACCACCACUCCAACACCCACUGUGCCCUGGCCUUUGACUGCUCAGGGACCCGUGCAGCAGCCAACCAGAGUAGCCGAAUCAGACAACAGGAGUGGGCUCAAUCAGAUUGACAACGCAACCGAAUCUGGUCUCCCAGUGUCUGAGAAAACCAAUGUUACUGCAUCAUAG